AUGUGGGAGAGCUUCGCAGAGCCUCCAGAGAACCCGUUUGAGAUCCGCAAGACGGCGGAAGAAACGGAAAAGGACCUAAAGGACCUACUCCAGGGCACCUUCAAUGGCCGCGAGGAGGGAGAAGAAGGAGAUGAGGCGGAGGCCAUCGACAUGUCCGAGGCCAUUGUUAAGGGUUUCCGCGACGGGAUUGCACUCCUUCCGCACCAAGUCAUUGGAAAGAAUUGGAUGAAGGAGCGUGAGACGGGCAAGAAAUAUGGCGGAAUUUUGGCCGACGACAUGGGUGUCGGGAAGACUAUUCAGAUGCUUACCCGUAUUGUUGAUAGACCACGAAGGGACGACCUGAAGGAGGGGGAGGCACCAACCACCUUGGUCAUCUGCCCAGUCGCGGUCUCUGCACAGUGGGCGUCUGAAAUCAAGAAGAUGACGACCGGUGUCACCGUCAUUGAGCACCAUGGUCCUUCUCGUACUUCAGAUCCCCGUGCUCUUGCCCGCGCGCACGUUGUGAUCAGCACUUAUGCUACCUGUGCGUCCGAAUACGCCGCCUAUGCGUCCAAUUCUGGCGAACCUUCGAGCAAGAAAGCCUCGAAGAAAAAGGCCGCCGAAUCUGAGGACGAACUAGACUCGGAUGAUGAUAACCUUUCUUCUCAAACGAUGGCUAAGAAGAAACCUGCUAGAGCCAAGCCCAAGAAGGACGCCUUAUUCCAUGUCCAUUGGCACAGGAUCGUUCUUGACGAGGCGCAUAAUAUCAAGAAUCGCCAGACGAAGAAUGCACAAGCGUGCUGUGCCUUGCAAGGUACCUAUCGAUGGUGUCUGACCGGUACUCCCUUGCAGAACAACGUCGAGGAGCUAUACUCCUUGCUCAAUUUUCUACGCAUUCGUCCAUUGAACGAUUGGCCAACCUUCAAUGAGCAAAUUGCUAAGCCGGUGAAGAGCGGGAAGGGCACUCGGGCAAUGAAGCGCCUACAUGUUGUGUUGAAAGCCAUCAUGCUGCGUCGCCAGAAAACCGACAUGAUCAACGGCAAAGCACUCAUCGACCUCCCGCAGAAGCACAUCAAUGUCGUCAAGUGUGACUUCGACAAAGAGGAGAGCGAGUUCUAUCUCGCUUUGGAAGGCAAGAUCGAGGAGGUCGUGAACAAAUUCAUGAAGAGCGGCGACGCUGGUCGCAAGUACACUGCUGCCCUGCUCCUGUUGCUCCGUCUUCGGCAAGCCUGUGAUCACCCGUCGCUCGUUACCAAGGACUUCAAAGCCGACCCGGACGCUCUGGAACCUAGGGCCCCCAAGAAAGACAACGCUGACGAUGAUGACGAACUUGCCGACGCCCUCGCUGCUAAGAUGGGUGGCUUGUCUGUUGGCAAAGAAUGUCAGCUUUGUCGUGCCGAAUUAACCUCUUCAAACACCACGAAUGAACAUGAUGACCAUUGCACUGACUGCAUCGAGAUCGCUCGUCGUGCUCGUCGCCAGUCUCGAGCUGUUCCAUCAAAGCGAUCUGACCGGGUGCUUCCUCCUUCGUCAGCGAAGACUCGGAAAAUCGUGGAGCUCUUGGAGGAGAUUUUGGCACGCGAACGGAAGACUUUCGAUGGGGAGGAAGAGUUCCCGCACGAGAAGACCAUUGUUUUCUCUCAGUUUACAUCGAUGUUGGACAUCAUCCAAGUAUUCUUAGACGAUGCGGGGAUCAAAUAUGUUCGAUACGACGGGACGAUGUCUAAGGACGAGCGUGAUGUCGUUCUUAACAAAAUCAGGACUAGCAAAUCCGUCAACGUCAUCUUAAUCUCAUUCAAAGCCGGUUCAGUCGGGCUGAACCUCACAUCAUGCAAUAAUGUCAUCCUCACAGAUUUGUGGUGGAAUCCCGCUCUCGAGGAUCAAGCAUUUGACCGGGCGUAUCGUUACGGGCAGAAACGCACUGUCAAUAUUUACAAGUUGACUAUCGAGAAGACAGUCGAGGAGCGUAUCCUCAAGCUUCAAGAUGACAAACGACAGCUCGCGGCGGCUGCGUUGAGCGGUGAUAAGAUCAAAGCGUCUGCUAAGCUCGGCAUGGAUGACCUCAUGCGCCUAUUCCGCUCCGACAAUCAUGACGAGGAAGACGAGGAUUGA